AUGAGUGACUUACCACUUUUAGGAGGUUCUCGUAACCAAGAAAGUUUUUUUGAAAGAAUGACUAAAUCAUUAUAUAAAUCAACCAUUUUAACCAUUAAAUCUUCAAUUGUUAAUUAUUUAUUAGUAUUUGUUCCAUUAGGUAUAUUAGCUGGAGAAUUAGAAUGGAGUGCAACUGCUAGAUUUACUUUGAAUUUUUUUGCAAUUGUUCCAUUAGCUUCAGUUUUAGCAUUUGCUACUGAAGAAAUUAGUGAACAUGUUGGACAAACAGUUGGUGGAUUAUUAAAUGCUACAUUUGGUAAUGCAGUUGAAUUGAUUGUUUCUAUUAUUGCUUUAAAAGAAAAUCAAGUCAGAAUUGUUCAAGCUUCUAUGUUGGGUAGUAUUUUAAGUAAUUUAUUAUUAGUUUUAGGUUGUUGUUUUGUUGCUGGUGGAUUAACUAGAGUUCAACAAAAUUUCAAUCAAACUGUUGCUCAAACAAUGGCAAGUUUAAUGGCUUUAGCUACUGCUUCAUUAUUAAUCCCAGCUGCUUUCCAUGCUUCUUUGCCUUCUCCUAAAAAGAAAAAUGGUUUUCCUGAACCAGGUAGUUCUGAUGAAUUGAUUUUAUAUUUCUCAAGAGGUGUUUCUAUUAUUUUAUUGUUUGUUUAUUUGUUGUAUUUAUUGUUUUCUUUGAAAACUCACAAAGUAUUAUUUGAAGAAGAUCCAACUCGUGAAGAAAUUUUGAAUUCUACAAAUAAUAAUACCGGUCGUCAUUCUUCAGAUGACGUUUUAACUGGUCCAAAACAAGAAGAAGAUCAACAUUUAAGUAUGACUGGUGGUUUGGUGGUUUUAUUAUUCACUACUAUUUUAGUUUCUUUCUGUGCUGAUUAUUUGGUUGGUUCUAUUGAUGAAAUUGUUGAAACUUCAGGAUUAUCUAAAACUUUUAUUGGUUUAAUUAUUAUUCCAAUUGUUGGUAAUGCAGCAGAACAUGUUACUGCUAUAGUUGUUGCCAUGAAGGAUAAAAUGGAUUUAGCAAUUGGUGUUGCCAUUGGUUCUUCUUUACAAAUCGCUAUAUUUGUUACUCCAUUUAUGGUUUUGGUUGGUUGGAUUAUUGAUGUUCCAAUGUCUUUAUAUUUCUCCACAUUUGAAACUGCAAUUUUAUUUGUCAGUGUUUUCAUUGCCAAUUUGGUUAUUUUGGAUGGUGAAAGUAAUUGGUUAGAAGGUGCGAUGUUGUUGAGUACUUAUUUCAUCAUUGCUUUGGCUUUCUUUUAUUAUCCUGAUGUAAAUUAA